CAAAUUUUUAUAUUAACCUAAAUAUUGAAGAGCACUAAACGGUGUAGUUUUACUAACUUCAAUUCCAAAUUCUGUUAUUUAUACGCAUGUGCACUUGAAUGUCUACUUCCGCCGUAGAGAACGGUAGGUGAACUUGACAGACAAAAUGACCUACCAACCUGGAAGAUAUGCGAAGGAAUAUAAUCCUAAAAUCCAUGGGCCAUAUCACCCGGGACGUUUCUACGGAAAACGUAAGUGUUUUAACCUUAUGACUUUAAAAUCUAAGUGUAAAAAACCUUAUGUUCGUUACAUUUUUUUUUAAAUUUUAACAUAGUAAAUCAUAGUUACAUGGCAUUCAUAGUGUCACAUAAGUCUAAGUCAGUAAACUCACAUAGUCAUAGUCAUGUCAUACUCAUACUGGGUAUACCGUCAUACUGAUACUUACUCAACUGUCAUUGUGAUUGCGAUGAUUGAACUGAUUGUCAUUGAAGUCUCAUUCUCUGAAUUAGGGGAUGACUCCAGGUGUUUCUCUACCAUUGUUUCAUUGUAUUGUAUAUUUUUGUACUUUAACUGCUUGGGCUUGGUGGAUUCCAACUCCAUAGUUGGCCUGUGUUUAGACUUAGUAACUUUAUUCUUAGCCACUAUAAAUUCUUAAUUAAGUUAGGGGUACCCGGUACGUACUAUCAGUAAAAAAAUUUUUUUUUGUUAAAAAUUAAAUAUUAGUAAUAUUACACAGUUAGUAUAGAAAAAAAAAAGUUUGCUCUAUUGUGACUUGUGAGUCUAAGAAUAAGAUAAGAAGAGCAACCCUUUUUUCAAGUGUGAGUUUGUUUGGUAUUUUUACUAUAGCAUGGACAUGGACUGUAACCUCUUCUCUACAUUUUGUAACCCAGGGCAAUUCUACUGAUCAGCAAUUAACUCUUGUUUAAAUGAUAAUUUAUAAAACUUUUAUUUUUUAUUAUUAUUAUGAUUAAUGCUAGGUAUUAAAAGUUAUAAUAUUAACUUGGAAAUGUUGGUCAAGAUGUCCACUACUUUACUGUAAACAUGUGGAUCAUUUUCACAAAUUUAGGACAAAAUUGUCCUUUCAUGACCCAUCACCAUGUGUCCAAACUUAAGCUUAAACUGCAGCAAGUAAUAAUUUAUUUCAGUAUCCUAGUAGGCUUAUGAUUAAGGGCCAUCUUUAAUUUGAAUGCUGUUUUAGCCACACAAUAAUACUCACCCUUUCAAAGUUUAACAAAUUAGACAUCUUUUAUCACACUCUGUCCCAAAUUCAUUGCGUAACAUCAUUAAUGGAUGGCCUGCAAACAAAUUAUUACUGGUAGAGACUUAGUUGCAAUCUACUUUUUUUUUUUUAAUACAGGAGCACUAUUUUAUAAAUUUAUUACAUAUUAUUAACUAAUGUGGCUGAAAAUGAAAAGCCAAGCCAAAGGCUUUAAACAAUUUUCUGGAAUUAUUUGCAUUUUCAUUUCUUCAAAUUUUUUUCAGCCGAUACUCCCUUGGGUCAAGUUAAACUUGGGGAUCUCGGAUCUUGGUUUGCAAGACAAAACAAAUCACCGUCGGCUCUUUGGGGAGCUCUCCACCGAGGUAAGUAAGGGAUAUUUUGUAAAUGAUUGGGAUGAUUUUAUUAUUUGUCCCCAAAUUGUCAUGCUUCAUAAUAAUGCUAAUAAGAUUGUCAUGCGGGUUAUUUGUUUUAUUUUGUCGCCAUAAAAAUUGGGCUAUCUUAUUUUUUAAGCGCAGGCUUUUAAAUUGUAAAAAUCCAUUUUCACAAAGUUUUCCCAUCAACUUAAGAAGGUUUUAUUUUAUAUAUAAGUGAUGAAAAGUUGAAUUAAAAUUUAUAAUUUUAUUUUCUAAAUGAAAUUUUAAGAAUUCAAAAGUUUUUGCCAGAGCUCUAUCCAAUAUUAUGCCAAUUACCUGUAUUAGUUUGGUCAUAUAUGUAAUUUCACUGGGUACCACCAGAGCUCUAUUCAAUAUUAUUAUUAUGCCAAUUAGCUUAAUUAGAUAAAAUGUGUAAUUUAAUUGGGUAUCAGUACCUAGUUAAAGAAAUGAGAUAUUCACUUAAAUAAUUAUAUUAAAAAGCAUGAGUGUAAUCUUUUAAUUUUAGGAUACUGGCGGUGGGCUCUGAAGAAUAUGCAUGUCAAAGUGAUUGGAUUUGCACCCAUUGGUCAAGCCAUUAUGUGUAUGUCUACAUACUACUUUUUCCUUCUCUAUAGUGAAAGAAGUAAGUACCGGUACUUAUUUAUAUUUCUGUGUUUGGUUAAUAGAACUUAGAUAGAUAAUUCAGAGCUGUUUUAAGGAUAAAUUGAAGCAAGCAAGGUUUGGUUGCUGUGCAUUAAGUUGGAUAUUAUAAAUUAUCCCCUUCCAUAAACUGACUAUGUCUGCACUGUCCAUCUCCAGAAUAUCACAGACACUGCAAGUAUCAUUGAUGAUAGAGUUCAGGAAGUAGUUGUAGACUUGUAAGUCCUAGAGGAGAUCAUUGUUAAGAAUUAUCUUUGCUCAUUGGACUGCUGUAAUGGAUUUUGACAAGACCGAGGAAAUGGAUUUUUUUUUUUAAGACUUAGAUUAAAAUAAAUGUUUCUAAUUAUGUCUAUUGUGGUCUUUGUUUGAUUCCACUAAAAUUUUCUGUAAUAUUUUUUGUGUCAUUUCUUCCUGUACCCUUGUCAAUAUUUCUGCCUCGUUUGGCCUGUACACUUAAACUUAAAGGCUGUUGAGAAACCUGAAAUUUGAUGGUACCGGUACACAUUUUUAUGUGUGAGGUCUUCAGGCCACAACAUAACACAAUCAUUCUAUUUUUUAUCACACACUCAGAAUUUAACCAAACUGAGGGUGUAAGUAGAUAUUCAAUUGUAGUAACCUAACUGACAAAGCUCAGUGACAGCAUUCUUGGUUUAGUCCUUUUUACGUCACCCAUGGUUCAAUUUAAAAAAAAUUUAUUUCCUAAUUUUCUUUGCAACUCGAGUGUAAUGAGGGUAAUCGAAAAACGUUAAGCAGCAUGGUGGAUUUAAAAAUCUGCGGUAAUGGUUGCAUUUGAGAUGUAGUAAUUUUUAAAGUGAAUGUUACACCCGUUUAGUAAAAUAUAAUAAUUUGUAAAAAUUAAAAUACAUCAAAAGCAUGAAUGUUUUAAAAUAUUUUAUUCCAACUCAAUCCCUCAGAAAAAUUCAAUGAAAAAAAAAACAGUAACCCAUGAGCAAGGCUAUUGUUUUAAAAAAUAUAUUUUUCUAGAUUUGAAAUUAUUUACAUUGUACAAGUGUUUUAUCCAAUAUAUGUAUGGAUUAUAUUUAUUUGACAAUUUGAACUAAUAAAGUUUAAAGUGCCAAAAAGGAGUGUAAUAAAGGCUUUGACAUUGUUAAUUAAUCAACAUAAAAUUUUUCUGAUGACCUGGCACUUUAAAAAAUAUACACAUGUAGAAGUAGAGUCGAUUUUCAAAGAGAUCCGAGGGAUUCUUUGGAUUUGUAUAGAUUUAAUUUACAUACAAUUUAUUACAAUUGAUGUUACUGCAGUUGUUUGGUGUGUUUUUUUAGAUCUAACACAGAGCUCUGCCUUACAUUAACACCUUAAAAUUAUGAAAACAUCCACAUUCAUACAGCUUUAAAAAUCUAUUGCUGAUAAACAUUACAUUUAAAAUUCACACAUCUUUAAUCUUACUAAAUUUGGUUCAAUGUAAACAUUUUGGCACUCAAGAACAUACAAAAAAUUAUUAUGAAUAAGAUGUAACACAUACA